AUUGUUUUGAUUAAUACAAGUGUUUAAUACAAACAAAUGUUUAGACACUUAGAGACUAACCGUAACUUUUGAAACAAAUAAAAACAUGACUUCAACUUCAACUGCACCGUCGAUGACAACAAAAUCGUUGAUAGAAAUGGUUACCAAUUAUAUGGACAAUCAUCUGAUGGAAGCGAGGUUAGCCAUCGGAGCCGUCGGUAUUAUCGGUGCCGGUAUUGCACUGAGAGGUAUCCGAUUUGCGACCAAAUUCAGUGAUAACAAGAAGAUUCCCAAAUCAUUCAUUCGUAAACAGAUCCGAUUGAGAGGUGUAGUCAAAAGUGUGGCCAACGAUGGAAGUCUUGACAUCGAUCACAUCCCACUCAUAGCAAUGCCAUGGCAUAAGAAAAAUGACAAACUUCUUAGCGUAUCGCUGGCGGCCAUCAGACCGACCAUUUCGGGAACUUAUUGGCUAAAAUUGAAUGCCGAAAACCGGAACGUCUGGUUCAAAGUUAUACACAAACGCGAUACAGAUCUCUUGUGCGUUGUUUCGCCACAGAAGAAGAUAUUGUCGAAGAAAUCCUUGAAUGCAGAGCUCGUCGAAAGAGGUUUGGCAUCAGUUGUGCCGUUAGAGUCGUCGUCAUUAUCAUUGUUGGCCAGAAAUAAGGCUUACAGUGAACUACACAAGAGUCUAGUGGUUAGUCAAACAAAAGCCAAACGAAACAAUAGCGGCAUUUGGUAUAAACCAACAAAAUUGGAUCAAAUCAAACACAGUGUCAACUAUUGGCUGCAAUCAGUGAAACAAUUAGUUAGAAAUUAAUUAUUUUUGUUUUUGUUAUAUUGUUUUUUAUAUAUAUAUAG